AUGGAGUGCGGAGGAGGCGGCGGCGGCGGCGGCGGCGGCGGGCGGCAGCAGCUGGUGGAGGGCGCGGCGCAGCGCCUGGAGCACAUCGUGCGCGCCGCGGAGGCGUCGGUGGGCGCGGGCGACGUGGCGCGGCUGGCCGGCACCGCGCAGCUGGUCGGCGGCCGGGUGGGCGCCGGCGUCGCGGCGCUGCUGCUGCCGCUGGCCACGCUGCUCCGGCGAGGUCGUGGCGCGCAUACAGGCCGUGGCCGAGGGCCACUGCGGAGACGUCACGAAGCUGGCGUCCUGAGCGGCCGGCACCUCACCCCGGCCCACAGCUCAGCCGUCGCCGCCCUAAGGACGCGCGCCGCGGGCUGCCGACUCGUCAGGGGCGCCGCCUAUCGACCCGCCGCUCAGCGCAACGCAGCACUGCGCGGCAUGGCCGGUAACUCCAUUUGGCGCGGCGAGCCGGGCCGGACACUGCUGCGGAACGACAGGACGACGUGUCUCCAGGCGUCCGCGUUCCGGCACCUCACCUCCGGCUCCUCCUCAGCUCUACCCGACCACAUCAGCACUUCAGCCGAAGUCCUCCUCUCCCACUACCGCUGAUAUUCACCUUGUAUCGUUAGUGAUUUCACACACAGGGUGCUCAAAAACUGUUUUAAAUCCUUGUAAGGGUAUUGUAAUGUAGAUUCUGAAAUGAUUGUAAGGGUAGAUGGUGCUGAGAAAUAAUUAAACAGAUAAUAAUUUCGACACGUUACGCCGAGUUAAUUAGAAUUGAAAUUAACCAAUCGUGCCUGUGCGAGCACAAAUUCAAGCGACAUCCAGAGACGGUGUCGUCCAACAUGGGCUCCGAUUCGUUCCCUAAAACCGAAGAAUAGAACGUUACAAAAAUUGGACAUGGGAUGGUAGUAGGGAUCGAACCCAAGCCAAAGGCUGAGCAGUCUCGUAUGCUAUCACCUUAUGAUACGAGAACAACUGAUCACGAAUAGUAUCUGGCAGAAGCUUCAAUGUAUAUACGCGCAAUGGCCGGAUUGGAUAACUUCAAAACUAGUUGGGUCGAAAACGGUGCAACGUAUCGAAAUUUUUCUUAAUUAUUUCUCGGUACAAUCGACCUGGCAACGCCCUUGCAAAUUUUUCACACUGUUUCUGACCAUCCUGUAUUAAUCCUGAUUUCCCAACUUCCGAAACAUAUGCUGUUUCACCACUACCCAAACAUUGGGAAAGAAAAAUAAGCCUUUUAAUUGCAUUUUAGUCAAUAAACGUAAAUGGGAACUAUGUCGAGGGGAAUAUGUACAAUGGAUGUGAAGUUUUGUAAAUACUGUGAUUGAAAUGUAAGCGAGUGUGUUUCAUAUAUACAUACCAAUUUGUGACCAUCCUGUAUUAAUCCUGAUUUCCCAGCUUCCGAAACCUAUGCUGUUUCACCACUACCCAAACAUUGAGAAAGAAAAAUAAGUCUUUUAACUGCAUUUUUAGUCAAUAAACGUAAAUGGAAACUAUGUCGAGGGGAAUAUGUACAAUGGAUGUGAACUUUUGUAAAUACUGUGAUGAAAAUGUAAGCGAGUGUGUUUCAUAUAUACAUACCAAUUUGUGACCAUCCUGUAUUAAUCCUGAUUUCCAAACUUCCGAAAACUAUGCUGUUUCACCACUACCCAAACAUUGGGAAAGAAAAAUAUGUCUUUUAAUUGCAUUUUAGUCGAUAAACGUAAAUCGGAACUAUGUCGAGGGGAAUAUGUACAAUGAAUGUGAACUUAUGUAAAUACUGUAAUGAAAAUGUAAGCGAGUGUGUUUCAUAUAUACAUACCAAUUUGUGAAAGAAAGUGUAUUUUCUUGUACAUUUGACAUUCAGUUAGA